UUGAUCACGCUUAUCUCCACAAAUGACGUGUGAGGUAAUUAUUAAUCGGUCAGCCAAGUAGUCCUAUAAAUAGAGGUAUUACCAUUCCUAACAAGCACCAUUCAGGAGCCCUUUCACAAGGUUGCCAAAAAUCAUAUCCCAUAUUCUGUGUCUCAGACUACUUCCCAUAUUCUCUGUCUCAGACUACUUCGGCUGCAUCAUAUUCAUCAAACAAAGAAGAUGAAGCAAAAGAUGGUGAUUAAACUGCAAAUAAAUGACCAGAAGGGUCGCUCCAAAGCCCUCAAGAUUGUAGUCGGUAUUUCAGGAGUGGAGUCAGCAGCUUUACAGGGUGCGGACAAGAACGAGAUAGUGGUAACCGGAGAUGGGGUGGACGCGGUUGUGCUGACGACGGCGCUGAGAAAGAGCAAGAGCAUAGGCUAUGCCGAGCUUGUAAGCGUCGGCGAAAACAAGAAAGAGGAGGAGAAGAAACAGACCAAAAAUGAGGCGGUUGUGCAUCCUCCCCUGAUUUGGACCUCUUACGCCCCAUACCCGCCAAAUUACCAAAUGGUAUAUGAACAAGACCCCAAUUGCUCCAUUAUGUGAUUAAUGAAGUAGUGGAAUUUGUAAUUGUAGAAGGGAAUUAAUAAUAUUCCCAGUUCAUGAUGCUUGUUUGUGAAAUAAUAAUUCUAUAUAUAUAUAUAUAUAUAUAUAUAUAUACACUUAUUUUUUUCUUGGCAGAACAUAAAAAACAAGUUAGUCCAUGUAUUGGUAUUUCAAUUUCAAUCCUCCAGAGCUGUGGUUCCUUGCAGUA